AUGAAUGAAAAUGAGAGUGCAGAAUCAAGUCAAGGUCUUAAUGCCAAUGAAAAUGGUGAUAUUAGUCAGCCUAUAAAUGAUAGUGGUGGUACGGACGAACCAAAUCUUCCAGUGAGUGAGGAAGAAAAUAUCAUUGUUGAAGAUGAUCAAAACAAAGAUUCAAGUGCAGAAUUUGACUUUCCAUUUGACGUUGAUGAUCCAGGAAAUUGGGAUAAGAUUAAACAAAAUGUCAGAGAUUUUUUAGUUGAAAGAGGUCCUAAAAGAGAGAAUGAUCUUACCUUUCCGGUUGAUGACUUGGGGAGACAUUUCAGUCCCACACAUUAUUUUCGUGUCUUUCCUAAUGGUGAAAAGAAGAACAGGAGGUGGUUGAUUUACUCAGUUUCGUUAGACAAGGUAUUUUGCUUUUGUUGUAAAUUGUUCAAGCAAGACCACAACAAGACUUUAUUGGGUCAAUUCGCUAAUGAAGGAUUGAAUGAUUGGAAAAAUAUGAGUGCAAGGCUUGCAAGCCAUGAAAGAAAUAGUCAACACAUCAGUUGCUUUACUAGUUGGAUUGAACUGGAAACAAGAUUGAAAAAGAAUGCAACAAUUGAUCAAGCUGUGGAAGAACAAAUAAAGAAGGAGAGAGAACAUUGGAGACAGGUACUCUUGAGAAUCCUAACUGUUGUGAAAAGACUUUCGAAAAAUAAUUUGGCAUUUCGUGGGGAUAAUGAGAAAGUGUAUAAGGAGAACAAUGGGAUUUUCUUACAAGUGAUUGAGAUGAUUGCUGAAUUUGAUCCGGUGAUGCAAGAACAUGUUCGGCGUAUUUAA